AUGAAUGCAGGACCUAUUCCAAAUGCUGUUACAGCUUCUGCUAAUGAGGAACCUGGUCUUUAUGUGGUUCCGGUUUCCUUGAAUGUGGAACCUCUUCCUAGUGUUGGUGUUCCUGUUUCCAACGUCAUCAAUCCUGUUCCUGUUGAUAUGGGACCCAACAACGCAGUCAAGACAAAUCUAGUGUCUCCAACGCCGGAGGUAAAUACUCGAACUGGUUUGGAACAGCAAGAACAGUCUGUAGUGUAUUCAGGGUCUUAUGUUGUCUCUCAAACCACUGUACCUGCUUAUCCACCCCAACCUGUCUAUGCACCUCAACCCAUAUAUACUCCUAAUCCUAAUAACGCGCCUCAGCCCAAUUAUAAUGCACCCGUAGUCUAUACUACGCAGCCUCCGACACAGUCAGCAUCUGGAGGAGACUUGGCAAUUCAACGAGAGAAUUGCACCUAUAACACACCUCCACAGUCCCCCAAUGUGUUUCUCUAUCCCGAGUUGCCUCAAUUCAAUCCCUGUAUUAACUUCACGAAUACACUAUAUUCAGAGUCAUAUUCACAGUCCCAACAAGUUAUUUUUUGUAGAAAUAUCUUACACUUCGAAACUCCAGUUUCUCUUUUUAUCAUUUUUCUGCCAUUUACGAUGCUUAGUCUUUCGCGUGCUUCUGUUUUAGCCAAGAACUUGCCUCUCGCUGCCAGAUACUUCAGUGCUGCAGCUGCAGAUAAAUUUGACGUCGUUGUUGUAGGAGGAGGUCCCGGAGGAUAUGUGGCGGCCAUUAAAGCUGCGCAGCUCGGUUUAAAGACUGCUUGUAUCGAAAAGCGUGGGACUCUUGGCGGUACUUGUUUGAAUGUGGGUUGCAUUCCCUCGAAAGCUCUUCUUCACUCCUCUCUUAUGUAUGAUGAGGCGAAGAAUACGAUGAAAAAGCACGGAAUCAUUGUCGGAGAUGUGUCUUUCGACCUCAAGGGAAUCAUGAAGGCCAAAGAGAAGGCCGUGCGUGGUCUAACGAACGGAAUCGAGUUCCUUUUCAAGAAGAACCACGUCGAAUACAUCAAGGGCGCUGCGACCCUGGAAUCGGACCACAUCAUUUCGACCCAGCUGCUGGCGGGUGGUGAGCGCAAGAUCGAAGCGUCGAACAUCGUUUUAGCGACCGGUUCCCUGAGCCGCGCCAUGCCGCCUCUGCCUGUGGACAACGAGAAAGAGCGCAUCAUCGACAGCACGGGCGCGCUGAAGCUCAGCAAGGUCCCGAAUCGUCUGAUCGUCGUGGGCGGUGGCGUGAUCGGCCUGGAGCUGGGCUCGGUGUGGCGCCGCCUGGGCGCGAAGGUGGAGGUGGUGGAGUUCCUGGACCACAUCGCGGGACCGAACGAUGCGGAGGUGUGCACGACGCUGCAGCGCUGCCUGACCAAGCAGGGCAUGAAGUUCCGUCUGAACACGAAGGUGACGGGCAGCGAGGUGACGGAGAGCGGCGUGAAGGUGCAGGUGGAGAACAAGGGUGGCAAGCAGGAGACGCUGGAGGCGGACACGGUGCUGGUGUGCGUGGGCCGAGUGCCCAACACGGAGGGUCUGGGCUUGGAGAAGGUCGGAAUCGAGACGGACAAGCGCGGCUGCGUGGUGGUGGACGACCAUCUCCGCACCAAGUACCCGCACAUCUACGCGAUCGGCGAUCUGGUCCGCGGCCCCAUGCUGGCGCACAAGGCGGAAGAUGAGGGCAUGAUGGUGGCGGAGCUGAUCAAAACGGGUCAUGGACAUGUCAAUUAUGAUGUCAUUCCGGGAGUCGUAUAUACCGAGCCCGAAAUCGCCAUGGUCGGAAAGACGGAGGCGCAGCUCAAGAGCGAGGGAGUCGAGUACACCAAGGGAUCCUUCCCGCUGCAGGCCAAUAGCCGAGCGCGCGCUUACGACCAGCCCGAUGGACUGAUUAAGGUGUUGGCCGACAAGAAGACCAAUAAGAUUCUGGGAGUGCAUAUGUGCGGAUUGAACGUCUCCGAGCUGAUUGCCGAAGCUGGAUUGGCUAUGGAGUACGGAGCGACCGCAGAGGACGUGGCUCGCACUUGCCAUUCUCAUCCUACAUUGGCGGAAGCUUUUAAGGAGGCUUGCAUGGCUACUUAUGACAAGGCGAUCCACUUCUAAUUUUGUUGUGUUGUUGAU